CCCUUCCCAUGCAUGCGUUACUCUUCCUCUAUAGCCUCUUCUCCUUCUUCUUCCACCGUACUUGUCCCACAAGAAACCUCUAAUACGAACCUCUACUUAACCUCCGAAAAUCUCCAAAACUUCCAAACGCGUAUAUCUUUCCUCAAAACCCUAAAAAUGGCGGAGACUUUCGAGCUCGUCGUGACCAAGAACGGCCCUGUCUUUGUACCUCCGGCGAAGGAAACGCCAAAGGGUCUGCAUUACCUCUCGAAUCUCGAUCAGAACAUCGCUAUUUCCGUCAAAACGUUCUACUACUUCAAAUCAGACACAAGAUCGAACCAAGAAUCCGCCGAAGUUAUAAGGAAAUCUCUCUCGGAGGUCCUUGUCCACUACUAUCCGGCCGCGGGGAGGCUAACGAUAAGCCCGGAGGGCAAGAUCGCGGUGGAUUGCACCAGCGAAGGAGGUCUUUUCGUGGAAGCUGAGGCCAAUUGUGGGAUAGAGAAUAUCAAAGAUGCUAUUUCGGAGAUUCGACCGGAGACUUUGGGGAAGCUUGUCUACGAUGAUGUUCCCGGUGCCCGGAAUAUUCUUGAGAUUCCGCCAUUGGUAGCUCAGGUGACGAAAUUCAAAUGCGGAGGGUUCGUACUAGGGCUGUGCAUGAACCACAACAUGUUCGACGGAAUCGCGGCUAUGGAGUUCCUCAACUCUUGGGCCGAGACAGCCAGAGGACUUCCCUUGUCUCUCCCUCCGUACUUGGACCGUACCAUCCUCCGACCACGUACCCCUCCGAAGAUCGAGUUCCCUCACAACGAGUUCGAAGAGAUCCAAGACAUUUCCGACACUGCGAAACUCUACUCCGACCAACAACUCGUCUACAAAUCAUUCCUCUUCGACCCAGAAAAGCUCGAGAAGCUCAAACGCAUCGCCAUGCAGGACGGUGUUCUGCAACAUUGCACAACUUUCCAAACCCUAACUGGGUUCCUGUGGAAAUGCCGUUGCCAAGCCCUACACUUGAAACCCGAUCAACGGAUCAAACUCCUCUUCGCGGCGGAUGGACGGUCCAGAUUCUCUCCGCCGCUCCCGGCAGGAUACUCCGGCAACGGGAUAGUGUUCACGUAUUCGGUGACGUCAGCAGGUGACCUCAUGUGUAACCCUCUAUCUCAUUCUGUGGGUCUGGUCCGUGGCGCCGUGGAUAUGGUCACGGACGGGUUCAUGAGAUCGGCGAUCGACUACUUCGAGGUCACGCGAGCGAGGCCGAGUUUGAGCGCCACGCUCUUGAUCACGUCUUGGGCAAAACUGUCAUUUCACACCAAGAACUUCGGUUGGGGUGAACCGGUAGUCUCCGGACCGGUCGGUUUACCGGAGAAGGAGGUUAUUCUGUUCUUGCCUUGUGGAAGUGACUCCAAGUCCAUCAAUGUGCUUCUUGGUCUUCCUGCUUCUGCCAUGAAGGUGUUUGAAGAUCUCAUGAACAUAUGAGAAAUCCAUAUAUUUAUUACGUUGGAUAUAAUUAUAAUAAAAUAAAAAUGAUGAUGAAUGUUUGAAAUAUCAUAUAAAAAUUUAACUAUACGACAAGUUGUUAUACCCAUGUAAUGGUACAUAUGCUGCUCGUUGAAAUAAAUGUACCAACAUUUGUUGUGUAAUUUUAAAAAAAAGUGUUCAAUGAAUUAAUAUUUAAUG